AUGUCUGGCUGUAAGAAACGCGCCGCCGACGCUGCGGCAGCAGCAGAUGCGACCAUCGCUGCGUUUGGCGACUCGAAGCGCCCGAGGACCAGCAGCCGACCGACCUUCUUAUUUUGUAAGCCUAACCAACAAGUCGUGGAAGUGCUCUCACGUAUCGGCCGCGUCGUGACCUUCACGGAUUUCAAAACGUGGCCCAACUCCAUGCCCAAUAACAUAAAAAAACUCCAGGCGGCCGCCAUAAAUGCGUCGACGGAGGGACCAGUCGUGCUCGUCGGCUCGAGCUUCGGCUGCCGCAUCGUGGCCGGACUCCUCAAGCAGCGCGGCGCCGCGUGGCGCAACUGCGCAGUCAUGGUUUCGUACCCGUUGUAUGGCGACAACGCGCGCUCGGACCGCGUCGCGGCGCUGCGAGAGGUAAAUGCCGAUGCGGCACUGCUCUUCCACAGUGGCUCUAGGGACGAGUACCUCGACCGCCGCGGCUGGCGCGGCCAGGACGUGCCGACGGGCCGGGCCGCCCUCGAGGCUGUGGUCUCGUGCAAUGCCACGUACUCCAUCGUCGACGGCGUGGGCCAUUCGUCGUGCGGGUCACGCAGAGCCAAGGAUCAGCUCCAGGCAGCUAUAGAGAAGCUUCUCCGCGACGACGACGCCGCGCCGGCCGCGGCGCCCUCGGCCACCGACCGGGAGGCUGAGCGGGCCGCGCGCCUGCGUUUCUUCGAGCCCCGAGGGGCCGCCGCGCCGGCCGCCGCGCCCGCGCCUGCCACCGCUCCGCCAAUGGCGCCCGCCGCGCCCGCCCCGCCGCCCUCGAUCAAGGAGAUGAAGGAAACCAUCAGGAAAGCCGGCCUCGCGACGGCCGACCUCCUGGAGCGGCCGCAUGUCGAGGAGCGCUACAAGAAGGCGCUCGCGCGGUUGGCGAAAGUCGUCGACCUGACGGUGUGA